CCAAACAGAGAGAAGAUAAAUGAGUUUCUUGUCAUCUUCCUCUCUUGUUCUCAGUCGUUUUGAUUAAAUAAACCUACCUACCCAAAACGUCCUCACUUUAACUCGUGUUUGGACUGCUCCAAAACCAACUUUUGAAUACAAAACACCAAAAGGGGGAAAGCAAUAUAAAGCUUCAUUUGUACUUUUUCAAUCUCAGUGUUGGUUUCAAUGGCUUCUGAACUCUUUGUAUUUGAUGCUUCUUUCUAUUCUGAUCCUUUCUCCCCUUUCUCUGGCUCAACCAUUGAUGUCCUUCAAACAAUUGAUAACAACACAACCCUUCAAAACCCAGUUGAUGAAACCAAUUGUUUUGACCAAAUUACCCCUGGUUUCCUCUCUUCUUCUCCCCCAAGUCACCAAUUGAAAAAUCUCUCUCUCUGCCAAACAACCCAUUUGAAAAAUGCUUCGAAUUCUGCAAAUCCAUUCACAGUGUCCUCUGCUUUGGAGGUCAAAACAGAGGAAUGUCAAUUGCGUUUUCAACCCUCUUGUAAUCAUCAGUCCUUUGAGCCUCAAAGUUAUGGUAGUCCUGAGAAUGCAGUGAAGAUGAUGCAGAGAAGCUUCAGUAGCAACUAUUUUAAUGGAAAACCUGAGUUUUUGUAUCAAUCUGGCUUUGAUAAUCUCAUCAACUCUCCAAUUUUUCAACCUCAAGUCAUGAGCUCACCUAAAAACAGUUUUGCCACUGGACAAAUAAGAAAAGCUUGCAGCACAGGAGAUUUACAAAAGAUGAAAACAAACCACAGGUUGUCAUUGAGUCCUUUAGCUUCAGAGAGCUCAUUCAUGGUGGGAGAAAUUUUCAAAGUGCGACGAUACAGUGCAGAAGAGAGAAAAGAGAGGAUUCACAAAUACAGAGCAAAGCGUACCCAUAGAAAUUUCAACAAGACAAUUAAGUAUGCAUGCCGGAAAACACUAGCAGACAGUCGAAUUAGGAUUCGUGGCAGAUUUGCACGAAGCGAUGAAAUUGGAGAGAUUUCCAAAGCUGCAAAUAUGAAUCAAUGUGAAGAAGAAGAUGAUCUCUGGCUUGAUGGGUUCAAUGUGGAAGAGAAUGAAGUAGGAGUGAGAGGAGGAGCAUAUUUCAACAGUUCUGAUCCAACCCUGUUUCAGCACUAUAGCUAUCAAAAUUGAAGCUAUUAUGCAGAAACUUUCUUAGGAUUGUUAAGAAAUUCAGAAGGCUCGGCUAAAUAAAUCAAUUGCAUGGCAGGUGUUGAAAUUGCAUUCUGUUAGGUGUAGGCUAGCAUCCUACUCUGAAAUCUGGUUAUGGGCAUCAUGUGCAUUUUCUUGUAUUUCUUUUUAUUAUUUCUAGCACUGUAUAUAUAUAUUGUAAUCAAUAACAAUUCCAUGCCAUGUUACUUAUGUCAUGUUUGCAACAGUGAUGUUUGGUUUGUUUUCACUCAUUUCCCUAGCAGAAAGUGAGAGUACUAUGAGACCAUGGAAGAACUUAAAUUUUAACGUUUUCGUGUGUUAGAAUGACCUAAUGUAAUCUGAAAUUUUUUGU